AUGAGAUCUUUCUAUUGCUUCUCAACAAAAGACUCUGAUAUCUUCCCCCUCUCUUUUUCUAUUGCUUUCUCUUUACCCCCUCUCCACGUGUUUGUUGACACUCUUUCUAUCUCUCUCUAUAUAAACCUUAUUUUUUUCACAUUUUUUCUCUCUCUCUGGAUGGAUACAUCUCUCUCUUUAUCUAUGGUCACAAACUCUUACACAACCUGUUCUCUCUCUCUCUCCCCAUUCUUCUUUUUCUUUCUAUUUACUAUCUAUCAACCCUUUUGGUUUGUGCAAGUGUUUCUCUUUUUCUAUUUCAUCAAGGCUAGAUUUUUCUCUCUCUCUCUCCUUAACCCCUACCCAUACAAGCACUGCAUGCCUUUGCAUACACAUUUAGUUCCAACAAAUGCCAUCUCCCUCCUGUUUCCCAACCCUAAAAACACUUUAUCCUACAACCCUCGUCCCCAACCAACUCUCCUGACCACUUUUUCAGAUGAUACUACACUUCAAUCUUCACCUGGUGAAAUAUUUCAUUCUAUCUAUUUCUCUCUCCCAUACAUGACCUCUGACCCAAAUUACUUCUACCCCCACCCGCCACCCAUCGCUGCUCCACUCAACUGUCUUCUCUUCCUGACUCAUCUGUUCCUCAACCUGAUCACACUUCCACUGCCCAUGAGUUGA